AUGCCGAAAGAAUCGAAAACAACUCGCUUUGGAAAGAAAAAACAGAAUCGGGCCAAACGAGCUAAAUCCGACGGAUUUACUUUAGGAGUGGAUAUAGCGCUGCUUGAAGAGAAAUCGACCGAAACUGUGCACUUUUUACAAUGGAUCCGUAACCCCACAAUACAAAGUCUGGCAAAAUUAAGGAAAUGUAUCAAAUUUAACGAACGGAGUUGGAUGGAAGAUUUUUUAACGUUUGAUGGUCUUGGAUUAUUGUUUCAAUGUCUCAAUAAUUUGGCUAAAUGUGAAAAUCAUCAUCUAGGAGACAUGGUGCUCAAAAUGCAAUGUGCUAGUUGUAUUAGAGAAGUAGUUAAUUCUCAAAGUGGAUUCGAUUGUUUACUUUCAAUGAAAGACAAAGCUGAAAACCUCUUUGGGAAACGUAUUGCAUUUGAAUUAAACUCCUAUAUCUGA